UGUCUACAGGGAAGACUUCUCCAGCUCCUACCUUGGAUGUUGCACUCAAGCCCAGCUCCCAUCACAGGAGUACUCCAACAGGGAAAAUCCAAGAUACAACAGAUAAGAUAUCCCUGGAACCAUCCAAACACAUGAGGCGAGAGCUUAAGGAACCCCUGCAGACAAGAGAAGAGAUGGACAUAGUGCUUCAGUGGAAGGUGGCAUUUCUUGAAGGAAGCACUCCAUCUUCGGUGCGAGCCCCUGUUGCAGGAAGGAAGGCGAUUCCAGACACGGGCACAGGCACAGCAGACUGGGAUGCUGGGAAGGAUUCUCCAUUAGCCUGGCGCUCUGAAGUUGUGAAGCACUCUGAGCAUUCUGCAGAUGUGUCUGCAGGGACGACCUCACCAACUCCUACCUUGGAUGCUGCACAAAAGCCCAGCUCCCAUCACAGGGGUCCUACGACAGGAGAGACCAAAGGCAUGGCAGGCAAGAAAUUCCAGGACCCAUUAGAAGUCAUGUGGCAAAUGCUGAAGGAAUGUCUGCAGAGAAGGCAAGAAAUGAAAGGAGAGCCUGUGCAGAUGGAAGCAUUUCCCGGAGGAAGCAGUGGUUCUGUGCCAGCCUCUGCUGCAGGAAGGGAGGCCAUGCCAGGCACAGGCACAGGAGAUGAGGUUGCUGGGAAGGCUUCUCCAUCAGCUUGGAUGAAGAAAGUUUUGAAGCCCUUGGAGCCUCCUGCAGAUAUGUCUCCAGGGAGGACUUCUCCAGCUCCUACCUUGGAUGCUGCACCCAAGCCCAGCUCCUAUGGCAGGGGUACUCCAACAGGGAAAAUCCAAGAUACAACAGAUAAGAUAUCCCUGGAACCAUCCAAACACAUGAGGCGAGAGCUUAAGGAACCCCUGCAGACAAGAGAAGAGAUGGACAUAGUGCUUCAGUGGAAGGUGGCAUUUCUUGAAGGAAGCACUCCAUCUUCGGUGCGAGCCCCUGUUGCAGGAAGGAAGGCGAUUCCAGACACGGGCACAGGCACAGCAGACUGGGAUGCUGGGAAGGAUUCUCCAUUAGCCUGGCGCUCUGAAGUUGUGAAGCACUCUGAGCAUUCUGCAGAUGUGUCUGCAGGGACGACCUCACCAACUCCUACCUUGGAUGCUGCACAAAAGCCCAGCUCCCAUCACAGGGGUCCUACGACAGGAGAGACCAAAGGCAUGGCAGGCAAGAAAUUCCAGGACCCAUUAGAAGUCAUGUGGCAAAUGCUGAAGGAAUGUCUGCAGAGAAGGCAAGAAAUGAAAGGAGAGCCUGUGCAGAAGGAAGCACUUCCAGGAGGAAGCAGUGGUUCUGUGCCAGCCUCUGCUGCAGGAAGGGAGGCCAUGCCAGGCACAGGCACAGGAGAUGAGGUUGCUGGGAAGGCUUCUCCAUCAGCUUGGAUGAAGAAAGUUUUGAAGCCCUUGGAGCCUCCUGCAGAUAUGUCUCCAGGGAGGACUUCUCCAGCUCCUACCUUGGAUGCUGCACCCAAGCCCAGCUCCCAUGGCAGGGGUCCUCCACCAGAAGAGACCAAAGGCAUGGCAUACAAGAAAUUCCAGAACCCAUUUGAAUUCAUGUGGCAAAUGCUGAAGGAAAUGCUGCAGAGAAGUCAAGAAGUGGAUUUUGAGCCUGUGCAGAAGGAAGCAUUUCCCGGAGGAAGCAGUGGUUCCGUGCCAGCCUCUGCUGAAGGAAGGGAGGCCUUGCCAGGCACAGGCACAGGAGCUGAACCUGCCGGUGAAGGCCCCACAUCCAAGACUGAGCCUCUGGGAGAUGCUGAGGGUGUGUCUGCAGGGAGGACUUCUCCAGCUCCAGGGCUGGAUGCUUGGCCCCAACCCAGCUCCCAUGGCAGGGGUCCUCCAAAAGGAAAGACCCAAGAUACUGCAGCCAAAAUGUCUCAUGAGUCAGAUGAAUUCCUGACACAAACACAGAAGGAAGCACCCGGAGGACAAGUGAUGGACCAAAAGGCUGUGCAGAAGGAGGAGCACCCAGGGAGAAGCAGUGGCUCAUUGGCAGCCCCUGCAGCAGAAAGGAAGGCGAUGCCAGACACGGGCACAGGCACAGCAGAUGCAGCCGGCACCACAAGACCUGUUCCCAAUGCCCAGGAUGGCCUUGGAAGGGAUUUCUGUCAGGGAACAGGCUGCUGGCUAGGGUUACUGGCCGGCGUGCUUUGUUUGGAGCUUGUUUUCAUGUUGUGCUGCUUUGGAAUCGGGUAUUCCUGGAACAGAAAACAGGGCAGUUCGGGACAGGAGUUGAAAGACGGUGGCUGCACCUCACACCAGACAGCGUGAGCAGCUCCUCCAGCAGCAGGAACGGCCCGGACAGCCCUCUCAAGUGUUCUGUGAAGAGGACCCCAGAACAACCGUCGACAAGGAAGCCUCUUAUUGCCCCGUAGAUCCCACUGCCACCUGCUCUCCCCAUGGGCCUCCCCAAGCUUCCUUUAUUCCUUUUUUUCUCUCCGUCUGUCCCAUCCCAGCCAACCCGAGUUCCGCUAGGGACCCCAGGACCAGCCCAGCACCUUCCAGCACCUCCUGAGACCAACACAUCCCUUCCUCUGCCCCUGAGCCCCCUGGCCUUGCCCUCUAGGCAACACUGAAGGUUGUGGAGGAUUUUGUGAACAGCUGGCUAGCUAACAAAGGUCACACUGACAUAAUACCGUUAAUUAAGCAAGAAGGAGACGAGGAUAGGAGUCAGCAGUCAGUGUCCAAACCUGGCAAGGGCACUGUGCCCUUGGUGCAACAUCAGGAUGGGGGAGAGGAUCGUUAGUUAGAAACAUGAAGAAAAUAUGUAAACAGCUGCAGCAUAGUAGCCUCAAGAAUGAUAAGGUAGGCGUAGUUAGCUGAUAAGUAACUAACCAAUAAUGAGCUCGCUUUUUGCAAUAUGUAUUAGCCUCAUUAACACCAAUAUAAAUGUAUGUGCCUAUCAAUAAAGUUUUGAGAUUUGCUGAUCACUCAUAUUGAGUGCUGCAUUUCUUCCGCCGAUUACCACAAAUGGUGACCCCGGACAUGAUAUCGGUAAUGGCAACCACAGUGGAUCGGUGAACGAGUUCGGGUCCUACAGCAGCAAGGACGGCGAAUAAGCACUGCUGAAAAAGCGAAAAGUGCCGCGCCCUGGGUGACCUUAUAGAAGAGCCCGGCCGAUACGUGCUGCCGAAACCUUGAAGGGCUGCAACAGCGCUGACGUUCUCAAAAAUGGAAAUGGA